AUGGAUCCAGCUGUAGAAGUGGAAGCCCGGCUAGUCGCUGCCGUCUUCCAUGGCAACUCGGUCUACCGCGAGAUCCGCGCGACUUUCUCCAACGUCGACGACCCUGACACGCCUUGCGGGACCGUCCGCGCCUGGGUCAUCGGCUUGGUCUGGGCUGCCGGAUUGGCUGGCCUCAACCAGUUUUUUGCGCCGCGGAACCCGACACUGACUGUCUCCGUCUACAUUGCGCAGUUGUUCUGCUUCCCCAUGGGACGUUUCUGUGCCGCUACUCUGCCGACUACUGUCUUCCUGCGAGGCACUCGUUUCGAAUUCAGCCUCAAUCCGGGACCGUUUUCCAUCAAGGAGCACAUGCUUAUUACUAUAAUGGCCAACGCAAGCAGUGGCAGCGUAAAUUUUAUUACACCAUUAUUCUUUGAUCAGUAUUUGCCCAUGUUUCUGGGGCAGAGCUGGGGAGGGACCUGGCCCUAUCAAAUCUGUGCCAUGCUGGCUCUCCAGAUCACCGGGUUUGGGCUGGCUGGCAUGAUCCGCCGCUUCCUCAUCUAUCCUCCCCAGAUGAUCUGGUACUUUACUCUCAGCCAGGCAGCGCUCAACAAUGCGCUGCACAACCAAAGCGACUCACGCGUGCACGGGUGGAAAAUCUCCCGCUUCAACUUCUUCUUUAUCGCGUGUGGGCUCAUGUUCCUGUACUACUGGCUGCCGGGCACCAUCAUGCCCGUCCUGACCUUUUUCAACUGGACGACAUGGAUCGCGCCCGCCAGUACGACGCUGUCCAUCCUGACGGGCAGCUACUACUUCAAUCUGGGUCUCAAUCCGCUGCUCACCACCUUUGACUGGAACUGGUUCAGUAGCGUUGUUGACCCCAUCAUCUACCCCUUCUUCAUCGUCGUCCAGAUCGUCGUGUCGACACUGGCGUGGGCGGUUUUGGUCGUCAUCCCCGUCUUCUUUACAAACACAUGGUACACAGCCUACCUGCCCAUCAACUCGUGGUACGCAUACGACAACACUGGCAACCAGUACCAAUUUGCGCGAGUCGUAGGCCCUGGCAGCACCUUGAACGAGACCGCGUACCAGGAAUACUCGCCCCUUUUUUUGCCCGCAACCUUUGUGUUGCGCUAUGCUGUCUUGUUGGCUUCCAUCCCAGCCAUCUGUACUUUCACUUGGCUCUGGUACGGAAAGACUUUUGGGCGAGUCAUCAAGCUGGCUUUCCGCCGCCUGGCAGUCCAUCACGCCUUUAAUGAUGCCCACUCUAGGCUUAUGUCGCAGUAUCGCGAGGUCCCCGAGACGUGGUAUCUGGCUGUGGGUGCCGUUGGGGCAGCGUUUGGCUUUGCUUGUAUCUGCGGCUGGCCUACUGGAGCGCCUGGUUGGACUGUUCCUGUCACCAUUCUCAUGUCCGUCAUUUUUGUCAUCCCCGUCGGUACCGUUUAUGCCAUCAGCGGCUACCAAACAACCCUGGAGCUUCUCUUUGACAUUAUUGCUGGCUACGUUGUGCACAAUCGGCCCGUCGCCUUUCUGCUAUUCCGCUCCUACGGCCUGGGCAUCAUCGAGCAGGCCAUGGCCUUUGCCAAGGACAUGAAACUGGCGCACUAUGUAAAGAUCCCUCCCCGCCAGAUGUUCGCCGCGCAGAUCGUCUCAACUGUGGUGUCAACCUUUGUGGUCCUGGCCGUUGUCAACUUCCAGCUCGGUGUCAAGGGCAUGUGCAACCCCCAAGUCAAUGUGCACUGGGUCUGCGGUACAGCUCAGACGGGAUUUUCAUCAUCUCUAACCUGGGGCCUGCUGGGUCCGAGUAGAAUGUUUACGCACGUCGACUCGAUAUACUGGAAGAUCAUGUUCGGGCUCUUGGCCGGCUUCCUUUGGCCCAUUCUGUGGUAUCUCGCCAAGCGAGCUUGGCCGAAUACCAUUUUACGCUAUGCUCACCCCGUCGUCAUGCUGCUGGGUGGUGUGGUGUGGGCACCUUUGAAUCUGUCCAUGUUUUGGGGCACACUCCUCUUCUCAUACAUCUUUGGCAUUUUCAUCAAGGGCCGCUGGCCCGCUUGGUGGGACAAGUACGCCUUGGUGCUGUCAAGCGCAUUGACAGCCGGCAUUGUCUUGUCGGCACUGGUGCAGUUCUUCGCUAUUGCUAACGCUGGGGUUUCGUUCCCUGCCUGGUGGGGUACAACCUACCACACCAAGACUUGUGAUUUCCAUGACUGUAGGCACAUGAAGCUUGCUAAGGGAGAGACUUUUGGUCCAACCGAAUGGCAUUAA